ACCUAUUCUUCACCAGAGAAUUGAUCUCACAUUCACUGGGAGAAAAGGAAAGUGGAAGAGCAUGGGAAAGGGAACAGUGGCUAGCUGAAUCUGCAGGUUUCCCUUUGCAAAUGCAUGCCGAGGGAGAGGGGAGACAACUGAGCAAAGAACUGCAAUUUUGUAACUGCAGGUCUCUGACGUAUAGCGGAGUGUUUCCUGGCAGAGGAUCUUUAUGGACCAGUAGGCAGAAUGAAACUGAAGCUGUAACAAGACUUGUGCAUUUUGGAAAGGACUGCAGUCUACUGGAGUGAGGAGGGGAGCCCUUCAAUCACAGUCUUGGUAAAUAGGAGACAGAAGGGAAGGAAGAAAGAAGAAAAGAAGAGAGAGCCUUGGCUGGGGGCGGGGAGUGAAAGCAUUUUUGGUGGAUGGUAUAAAGCCAGCCAUGGAAACUGCAGCAGAGGAAAAUACAGAACAAAGCCAAGAGAAAAAAGUGAUCACCAGACCAGAAAUGGAAAUUGGCAGGUACCAAUGGAUGUACAGGAGUUCAAGGCUACACCAGUACCAGCAUGUGCCAGCAUUGAGAGGCAAUAUUAGUCCUUUGGGGAUUCAAGGUUGCUUUGAAUGUUGCAUUAAGUGCCUGGGAGGAGUUCCAUAUGCUUCCCUUGUGGCGACGAUUCUCUGCUUCUCUGGGGUGGCUUUGUUCUGCGGCUGCGGUCAUGUGGCUCUCGCUGGGACCAUAUCUAUCCUUGAACAGAGUUUCUCCACAAACGUCACUGACCAUGCUUUGUUAUCUGAAGUAAUAAAACUAAUGCAGUAUGUGAUCUACGGAAUUGCAUCAUUCUUUUUCUUGUAUGGAAUCAUUCUGUUGGCUGAGGGUUUUUAUACAACAAGUGCUGUGAAGGAACUGCAUGGUGAAUUCAAGACAACUAUCUGUGGGCGCUGCAUCAGUGGAAUGUUUGUUUUCCUCACCUAUGUACUUGGGGUGGCCUGGCUGGGCGUCUUUGGCUUCUCUGCUGUGCCAGUGUUUAUGUUCUAUAACAUAUGGUCAACUUGUGAAGUCAUCAGAUCGCUCCCAGCAAAUAUGACAGCUUCAGCCGACCAGAUCUGUGUGGAUAUCAGGCAAUACGGAAUCAUCCCUUGGAAUGCUGUACCUGGCAAAGCCUGUGGUUCGGCCUUAGCAGACAUGUGCAGCACACCAGAGUUCUAUUUGUCUUACCACCUGUUCAUUGUGGCCUGUGCUGGAGCUGGCGCUACUGUCAUAGCCCUGAUCCACUUCCUCAUGAUACUGUCCUCUAACUGGGCCUACUUAAAGGAUGCAAGCAAAAUGCAGGCUUACCAGGAUAUCAAAGCAAAAGAAGAACAGGAGCUUCAGGAUAUCCAGUCUCGAUCCAAAGAGCAACUCAAUUCUUACACAUAAAUGUUUGCCAGAGUCCUUUUUCGGAAGAAUUUUAUAGCUCUGACAAAUCACCAAGCAGCUACUCUGCAGAACAGAUGUAUGUUCAAGCAAAUAUAGAAGUACAAAAACUUCAUAUUCAUGUUCCUGGGCCAUGUUAAUAGGGAAAAUUUGAAGUGGGUAUCCUUCAUUCCUUUUAGCAUUCAGUUGGGAAUUGCCAAGGGAGAGGGUGGGGAGGGUUCUCAUUUUAGACCACAUUAGAAAAACACAAGUUACCAAGUCAGGAAUCUUCAUGGAUACUCUUGGCAUUCAUACAAUUACUGAAGGAACACACUCUUUCCCAAACAGGAUACCAGAGUUGGUAUCCAGCCCUGCAAUGAUGAGAAGAUUUUAAAAGGUUGUAUAUAAUUACACAGGUGUAAGUAACUAAGACUCUAGUACUCAACUAGAUAGUUAUUCCUUUAAUUCUAAAUACUGAUGGUUAUGGUUAUUUCAUACAAUUUCAGACGUUACAAAUCGGCUUAUUUAGUUUCUGUCAAAAUUAAAACUGGAUUUUAUUGACUAAAUGCCAGAAGUAUUGUUUUCUGAGCCACUCCCCUUUCAAUGACGCUAUUAUGAGCCACCGUUUUUCUAUUGCACUUAUCAGAGAAAGCUGGGUGCUAACGCCCCAAGUUUAUUUUUAUGUUUAUUUGAUGGAAUGUAGACAGAUUAUUGGCUCAGGAUAAUGAUCCCCUUCUCAGAAAAUAAAUGUCAGCUUUGCCUUAAUGUUUAUUUUCUAUAAAUGUCUUAAACAUUUAUAUAGCAGCGGGAGAUCAUUAUCCUGUCUGUGUUUUAUCAAAGUGGAAAGUGUUACCUUGUGGAAAUGACAGUAAUUUAACUGUUUUUAAGUGACAAAAUAUAAAUUUUAGGACUUACAAACCCAUAGCCAUACAGAGCACAGGUCAACCACCCGUCUCAACUUUGGUGCUCAACAGAAUAGACAAUGCUUAUGUAUUCUUGUACAAGAAAUUUGAUGUUCAGUAAAACAUUGGGUGCCAUUUUAAAACUGUUCCCCAUAAAUCUGCCUUUUAACAUUUUCAGAAACAUUCAGUGCUAGCUUGAGUACUAGUGAUGGUAUCUUUGGUGUGCUAUUUUUUAAAAAAAUAUACAUGUUGAAGAAAAUUAAAGUACAUCAGUGAGUUUUAAAGCAGUAAAGAGUCAAGUCAUACAUCCAUGUUUUGAAUGUUCGCUGAAUAUUAAAACGCUCCUUCAGACCAUGCAGAAAUGUAUAAAGAUAAAAGUACACAUUUCUUUAAAAAGAAUAAAGGUUAAAAAAAAAGUAACAAUGUGGAAAAUAAUUCAGGUAUUACCUUGCAUUUGAGUUUGUUACAUGCCGAAUCUUUUUGUUUUAUUAAAGAGGCAAAAUCUAUAUAGAGCAGAUUAAAAAUAGCUUAGUGUUUGUUUUUACCUGUUGCAUGAAGGAAAUAAAUUUCUACAGCAAUGCAGGUGAUGUUCUUUCUAGUCCAGUGUUUGCAUAAAGGUAACAGACAGUGUCUUAAAGCCUAAUUCUUUUCUAAUUCUGUGUAGUUAUUACUGGGAGUUUUUUGAAGUUUUGUUUUAGUAGUCUAAUAUUUUUUAUGUAAAGAGCAUUCAAUUUUGCUAUGUAUAAAUUUUUUGUAACCUAACCGUGAAUCAAUAUUUUCUAUCAGUGCCAAGGGCUUCCUGUAGUUAUAUCCAAGUGUUACAAUAAAUAUUUGUAGAUAAUAGAACCAA